AUGGAGAAGCAGGACUCUCUGGGGGCUGCCGGCUGCCUCAACGGGGAAUCCCCUGGAGGGGCAACCAGGGGAGUGCCAGGAGGCAUUGGAGGAGUCGAGGCAGGCGCCAGGCCGCCCUCCGAAGUAGUCUUGUGUCACGUUUCUGGCCCCCCCCUGCACUCCGGGGGAGUCGUAAUUCGCAGUCCUCGUUCCAGCCGGCCCUCCGAGGGGGUAGCGGUCCUUGGUUCCGGGCCCAACCAGCACCCUGGGGAGGUUGCGGGCCACAGCCAUGGGCCCGGCACAUACCCUGGCGGAUUUAAUCCCCCCUUCCUUGGAACCCGUGCAUCCGGGACGUCCAGCCUUGGGUCCAGGGGGUCUGGGGUGUACAACUCGGGAAGCAGUUCGCGCCCUGGGUCAACUUUCUUGCACCCCCACAAACCUUGUGAGGACCGGCCCCGGGGCAUCCUCAAAAACAGCAGUUCCAUCUCGAUGCAGAAAUCCCCCAGUGUGGAGAAGAAAAAGUCUCAGCGCUGGGAUGAAAUGAAUAUCCCGGCCACCUACCACCCUGCUGACAAGGACUACGGAUUUAUGAAGGUGGAUGAGCCCAGCACUCCCUACCACAGGCUGCAGGACAGCAAUGAGGACCUACUUGAGGUUUCCUCCCGCACAAUGACUCCCGAAGAGCUGGCGGAGAGGUUUGCAACAAUGGACAAUUUCUGCCCCAAGGUCCUCCAGUACAGUGAUAACAGAAGCUCAGGGUCUUCAGACAACUUUUCCAAGACACGCUCCACAAGCUUGAACUGGAUGAUGGAGAAUCCCAUAAGCACUGAGGUCCGUCUGCUGGACCACACAGGAAACCACUUUCAGGAUCCCAAGGCUACUGAGAACUCCCUGACGGUGACAGUGACACCAUUGCUGCCUGGUACUGCCCUGUCUUCCAAAGACAGUAGGUCCCAAGCGGGUGUCAGUGGCUGGUGUCCAAAGGGCUGAACUGGCGAAGCCCAGAAAGCUCAAAGAGGGUACCUGGAAGCAACCCAAACUCCCCAAAACUGAACCAGCACAGACAUGAGCCUGAGCCCUGGUGGGGGCAAAGGGCUGCCUGCACUGCCCAGGGAGGGAGAGGAGCUGAGUGGAUACAACUGUGCAGCUUCGAUGGACUCAGGAGGAGGAAGCCAGACAAUGGAAAAUGUAGCCAGCU